UGAAACCUACAUUCUCUAGAACCCAUCGGCAAUGGCUCGUACGAAGCAAACUGCACGUAAAUCAACCGGAGGAAAGGCUCCAAGGAAGCAACUUGCCACCAAGGCCGCCAGGAAAUCGGCACCGGCGACCGGCGGAGUGAAGAAGCCUCACAGAUUCCGUCCUGGCACGGUUGCGCUCCGUGAAAUCAGAAAGUACCAGAAGAGCACUGAGCUUUUGAUCAGGAAGCUUCCGUUCCAGAGACUGGUUAGAGAAAUCGCACAGGAUUUCAAAACCGACCUGAGGUUUCAGAGUAGCGCCGUGGCUGCGCUCCAGGAAGCGGCGGAGGCGUAUUUGGUCGGACUUUUCGAGGACACAAAUCUGUGUGCGAUUCAUGCCAAGAGAGUGACGAUAAUGCCCAAGGAUAUUCAACUUGCUCGAAGGAUUCGUGGCGAGAGGGCUUGAUUAACUUGUAACAUUGCAAUUUUUGGUUGGGUAAUAUUCUGGAUAUUUGGUUUAGUGAACAUUGUUCCAUGAAAAUAUGCUGUUUAGAUUUUGGGGUUUGGUGGUUUCAUGCUAUGAAUUUUAUAUUUGAAGUUAUG